UUGCAGGUAAGGCAUUUCUGCCCCAACGUGCCAAUAAUAUUGGUAGGUAAUAAAAAAGAUUUACGUAACGACAGUCAGACAGUCCGAGAGUUGCAAAAAAUGAAGCAGGAACCAGUGAAAUAUGAACAAGGAAGGGCAAUGGCCGAUCAAAUUGGUGCUACAUCAUAUAUCGAGUGCUCUGCUAAAACGAAAGAUGUACGAAACAUUGAUUAUUUUAACCGUUUGGAUAAAUGA